AUGUUUGGCUCUUUUCUUGCUUGUCAUUUGACGGAUCACGAGCAGUCAGCGCGCAUCAAGUCGUUGAACGACGAGUUGACUCAUCGGCACCAGACCUGCGAGGACCUGAGAAAGAGGCUGGGGGCUCAGGCCGAGGCGCUCAAGAAGGGCGCGCAAACAGCUGCGAGCUUAGAAGAAAAGAUAGAGAAAGAGAACGAGGAGCUUUUUGAAGCUCGGCGAUUGAGAAGUAUUGCAGAGGAGCAGGAGGCGCGCGCCUUUGAGAUCGAAUUGAGAUCAACAGCAACCAAGCAGAAGGAAACGUACGGGAAAGACAUGGAAACGCUUCACAAGGAGAGCGAGCACAUAAAGGAACAGCUGCAACUUGCGAAAGAAAACAACGACAUUCUCGAGGGACAGCUGAGAAGCUCAGAAGAGAAAGUCAUCACUCUUACUCGAGAGCUGGAGAAAUGGAAGGUAGAGGAACAAGCGAGGCGAAUAGUCAUAAUUGCAGAAAGAUUGGACGAACAUGGAGAACGAUCUCCUACAGGGCUCGAGACGGCGUUAGCGCAGAAAGAGUCAAUCAUCAACCGGCAGUCGGAGGAGUUGCAUGACCUCAAACUCAACAACAGAAAUCUUCAGUCAGAAGUAGAAUCUCUUACUGAGAGUCUCAACUCAGCUCUUCAUCGAGAAGAAAACUUGCGAAAACACACAGAGCAGGGAAAGCUUUCAUCAGCUCAACAAGAACAAACUGAACUCUCCAAGUCGUCCAAGACGUUGCAAGAACAAAGAGACAAAGAGAUUGUUGCGUCUUCGGAGAUGUUCAAGAAACUAGAGGAGAAGGCCGUGAAAGAAGUGGAAUAUAAGACAAGAAUACAACAAGUGCUGGACCUGAACGCGAAGCUUCAAAAAGAGAAAGACAAGUUUGAAGAACAAAUGAUCGCUUCUAAUCUCCAAGCUAUCUCCAAUAAAUCAAGAUGGGCCUUUGCGAGCUACCAGAAUGACAUUUUGGUGAAGAAGUUGGCGGAGCUUAAAAGCGAGAGUGAAGCGUUGAAAAGCAAGCUGCGAGGAGCUAUGGAUGCUCUCGAUCGCGCUCAUCACGGCGUGCUCUUGACAGAGGGAAAGAAGUUCAUGGAGAAUCUCAACAAGUACGACGAGCCGCAGGAUGGAAAGCAAGUGGAAACACUGCAGCAGGAGCUCAACAAUGCUGCCAAGGAGAUUGAGUUCAAGAACAAGAAGAUUGUUGAGUACGCCAGAGCUCUUGAGCAGCUGCGGUCAGAAAUGAAAGAGGAGAAUUCCCGCCGAUCUGUGAGGAAGGAGGAGCCAGGAACUCCAACUCUUCGACAUGAUGCUGCUGAGCUCGUCAACUCCCUGCGUAACCGAGUCUCGGAAUUGGAGCACGAGAACCAGCUCUUACUUGACAAGCUGCAGUAUGCGCGAGAAGACGCGCAGAGAGAGUUCACGGAGGAGCGAGACAGGCUGACAGCGCAAGUAGCUACGGUACAAGAGAUAGCAGAUCAAAGGUUAAAGAGACUUCGGGAAAGAGAUCAGAUAUACGCCCGGCUGUCAGAGAAAUCAUCUAGGUCAGGAAGCAACGGGGGCACUGGCUUCGAGCUCUACGACGAUGGGCCUGUGGGCAGGGGCAGUCUGUUAGGAGGAGACCUGCGAUCGCCUGCUCGUGCUCGCCAAGGCUCUCUGCUGCGAAGCGACGGGCUUGUAAGCUCUUCGGACAGCGCGACCAGCUCUGAGAGACCGCGGGGGGACAUGAGCGAGUCGAGCAGAAGCCAGCAGAGCAUCGAGCAGCGUCAAGAGCCAAGAUACCGUCAGAAUAGCACGAGAAAUGUUGAGGCAGCGCAGGUGGUGACCACCCUGCUGAGGUUGAUUGCUGAUGAGGAAGCCAAGGUGUGGGAGGACGAGCCCCAGGCAAGCGAGCUGAGUAGCAGCGUGAGCCUCCUCGAGAAGGAGGAGCGCAUGUUUCGUGCUUCACAUGGCUCAUCGCAUAAGAGCACACAGGAGCUCACGUUGGAUCAGUUUCUUGUUGGUGCCUCCAGGGAGCUCGAGAUGGCGUCUUACGCUAGCGCAGGAGCUGCUGCAGCUCAAGGGAGAAUCUAUCUCAAGAGUACGAUCGCAUGCCCUUUGAAUGUUUCAAAGACUGCAUUCGAAGGCUCCUCCAAGGUGUUGUCUCGUGCUUCUCCUCCUCCCUUUGCCUUCUUCUUUGUCGUGUCUUCUCCUGAGCACCUCAUUGCAGACAAGGAUAUGCUGAGUGGGACGUACAACUUUGAUCGGGAGAUAGCAAACCGUCGCGAGGCCCCGCAGGUUGACUUGUAA